UGUCUAUGGAUGUCCGCCGGUUGACCUGUUCAACCUGCAGCCGUUCCAAACCAACUAAACAUUCUGAAGCUGCUUCUUGUCAAUAUUAACCGUAACAUAGCUAUAUGUUUUAUUAAGGUAUACCGUUACCGGUGGUUGUGUAGCACGUGAUCCGCCGUCGGGUAACGUUAUCUCAAACUGUAAUUUCUUAUCUCAAACAGCUUUAAUGGCUAACUUCCCUCUAACUUUAUAUCGACCUAGAGCGCCGCGGCGUGUGUAACGUUACUAGUGUGCCAAUACACAAGCCUUCAGCAGGCGAAGUAUUCUGCCUUCUAGUCCUUUCGUCAUGGCACUGGCUGGAGUGCGAGUUAUUGAGCUGGCAGGCCUGGCUCCAGCACCGUUCUGUGGCAUGAUCCUGGCAGACUUUGGAGCCAAGGUGAUUCGCGUGGACCGGAAUAAAGUCGGCAUGUCUUUGGACACACAAGCACGGGGCAAACGGUCUGUGGCCAUCAAUCUGAAGAUGGCAGAGGGUGUAGCCCUGCUCAGGAAGCUCUGUGUCCAGUCUGAUGUGGUCCUGGAGCCCUACCGUAAAGGUGUGAUGGAGAAGCUGGGCCUCGGGCCACAGGAGAUGUUAAAGGAAAACCCUCGUUUGAUCUACGCUCGGUUGACAGGGUACGGCCAGAGUGGAUCUUACGCCACCGCAGCUGGGCAUGACAUCAACUACCUCGCCAUUUCAGGCCUUUUAUCCCGGCUGGGUCGGAGUGGGGAGAAGCCCUACGCUCCGUUGAAUCUGAUGGCAGACUUUGCAGGUGGGGGUCUUACCUGUGCUCUGGGGAUAGUCCUAGCUCUGCUGGAAAGAACAACUUCUGGGAAAGGACAGAUCAUUGAUGCCAGCAUGGUAGAAGGAGCCGCAUAUGUAGGUUCUUUUGCAUGGAAAUCUCGUCGCAUCGGUAUGUGGGACAGUCCAAGAGGACAAAACAUGUUGGACAGUGGAGCUCCUUUCUACGAUACCUACGAGACUGCAGAUGGAAAGUACAUGGCGGUGGGAGCCAUUGAACCGCAGUUCUACAGACAGCUACUCACAGGCUUGGAGUUGGAUGCUGGAGAGUUGCCUCCUCAGAUGAGCUCGACUGAUUGGCCAGAGCUGAGACGGAUCUUCUCAAAGCGUUUUGCUUCAAAAACGCAGGCGGAUUGGUCAAGGAUUUUUGAUGGGACUGAUGCCUGUGUUACACCUGUGUUGUCCUUUGACGAGGUGAGCUCACACCCACAUAACCAGGAAAGAGCUUCAUUCAUAAAGGACUCCAACGGGGAAGAAAGCCCCCGGCCGGCCCCAGUUCUCUCUCGGACUCCAGCGGUGCCUUGCCUUGCUUCAGACCCUGUUAUUGGUGAACACACAGUUGAGGUCCUAAAUGAGUAUGGGUUUACGUCAGCAGACAUAGACCAAAUGCUUACAGCGGGGGUUGUAGAGUGUAAUGCUGUCAAAUCAAAGUUGUAGAGAUAUAAUUGAUAUCAGUGAUUGAUUCUGAGAAACGAAAAGCACAAUUGAGGGAUUUUUAGUCAAUCGUGCCAUUCAAAUCAUGUAUGCCACAGCUAUAUAAGUUUUAUUUCAACAAGGAAGUCAUAUUGAGAUUAUAACCUUUUUUGCAAGUGAGACCUAGCCAAGACAGGGUCAGAAAGCAGCAUCCAACACUAGGGGUGUCACGAUUUUGAUUUUAAAUUGAAAAUCAAUUGAAAUGAGCUUCCAAUUUCAAAAAUUUAAAUCAAAAGCGGGAUCAACAAUUCUCAUAGUAUUAUU